GCCACCGCCGCAGCAGUAGCCUGUAGUGCGUGGAAACGAUAUCCUAGCUGCGCUACACUCGAUUCUAUUGCACCUCUCUCUCGGGUAUAUCGAGAACAUGUCAGAGAUGCAGAAAGUUCUGCUGUUUGGACUAUCAGGGAACCCCCCGACAGGCCGAGAUGGGCACGGCGGCAUGAUUGAGUACUUCGUCAACCUAGCACGGUUCAGCGAGAUCUGGGUCCUCCCGGUGUACCAGCACAUGUUCUCGGCCAAGAGAAAAGCAAUGGCGAAGACGGGCGCUCCGACGUACGAGGACAGAAUAGAGAUGUGCAGGCUCGCCUUCGAAAGCUACUCCACGGCGAGCUGCAGGGUGCGCGUGUUAAGAACGGAGCAGGAGGUUUUCGCGGAGAUGCUCAACUCUCGAGGGACCGGGCCAGCGCGGUCAAGCACCUACGACGUGGUGGUCUACCUGAAGAAGCAACACCCCGACGUUGAGUUCUCGUUGCUGCUCGGGACGGACACGUACCAAGACCUCCGCAAGGGGAAGUGGCGCAAGUCCGAGGAGCUCAUGAACAUGGUGUCCUUGGCCAUCGUCGAUAGAAUGGGAGUGCGGCCCGAGACGGAGAAUCUGCUCUCUGGAGUAGAGUUGCACCACCCGCCCUUGCUCACGGAUGUCUCCUCGACAAAAAUUCGGGACGCAAGAGCGGAAGAUCUCCUGGAAGGAACGCUGGCGGUAGAGACCUCUGUCCUGCGGUACAUGAAGGACCACCGCCUCUACGGCUUCGGCCGGCAGUCGCGGCUGGAGAAUGUGCUCGUGGCGGCGUCAGAACGGUUCUCGUCAGUCUUCUCGGAGGAGCGGCGGUGGAUGGUCAUCGCGGGCACAGCAGCUGUCGUGGUGACCGUCGGAGUGUUGCGGGUUGUCGGCCGAUUUCGGGACGGCGGCAUUCGAGGGGGAAGAGCCCGCUCGGUUUCCUAAGACGGAACAUGCUCGGCCCGAACGAAAACGAUUUGCCGACUCGGCGUAGGAAAAAGGGUUGUGGAUUGUAUUUUGUGUAUCGUUCGUUUCGGUAGAUUAGUUUGUUACGUUGUUGAUGGGAAGAGUAUCUGCCUUGCGCCUGGCACGACCGGCUUUCAUUUUCCUUCGGUUUGGUCCUCCGGCCCGCGUGCGUGAUUCUGCAUCACCACGAUGUGGUGUUUGUUUCGGUGGUGUAGGUUGUGUAAAGUAUUGUGGAUGGAUGUUGGAGAUAUCUUCGGAGAUUUCUCUUGUUCACAGCAUUGCAAGGGGGGAUAUCCCCCGGAGAAUGUGGU